AUGCCACCAAAAAAGAACAAUGGUCACGUUGUCAAGAAAGAACUAGAACUUCAAACGACUCCAGUUCACGUUUCUCCUCAAACGCCCGUUAAAGUAUCAGUUCGAAUCCCUAAGCAACUCAUUCCACCACAACGUAUUGCUCAAAAGAAAACACCGGUCACUGUUAAAAAGAAUGCGCAAGCUCAAAGUGGUCGUCGACUUCCAGUCCACUACCAAUUGAGAGAAGGUGAUCCACUCCGAGCCGGCGCUGAAGAGUACGAAGGAUUCUGGGAUGCCGUGAAAGGUUUACUCGAUAUCUCAAAGCCAAACCAAACCUAG